AUGAAGAUGAAGAAAAUUGUAAGAGGAGCAGAAAAAUAUAAACAAAUCAAAGAGAUCCGCGAGAGUACCGGGGCCCAAGUCCAGGUGGCGGGGGAUAUGCUGCCCAACUCCACCGAGCGGGCCAUCACCAUUGCUGGCGUGCCGCAGUCUGUCACCGAGUGUGUCAAGCAGAUCUGCCUGGUCAUGCUGGAGACGCUCUCCCAGUCUCCGCAAGGGAGAGUCAUGACCAUUCCGUACCAGCCCAUGCCGGCCAGCUCUCCAGUCAUCUGCGCGGGCGGCCAAGAUCGGUGCAGCGACGCUGCGGGCUACCCCCAUGCCACCCAUGACCUGGAGGGACCACCUCUAGAUGCCUACUCGAUUCAAGGACAACACACCAUUUCUCCGCUCGAUCUGGCCAAGCUGAACCAGGUGGCAAGACAACAGUCUCACUUUGCCAUGAUGCACGGCGGGACCGGAUUCGUCGGAAUUGACUCCAGCUCUCCAGAGGUGAAAGGCUAUUGGGCAAGUUUGGAUGCAUCUACUCAAACCACCCAUGAACUCACCAUUCCAAAUAACUUAAUUGGCUGCAUAAUCGGGCGCCAAGGUGCCAACAUUAAUGAGAUCCGCCAGAUGUCCGGGGCCCAGAUCAAAAUUGCCAACCCAGUGGAAGGCUCUUCUGGUAGGCAGGUUACUAUCACUGGUUCUGCUGCCAGUAUUAGUCUGGCCCAAUAUCUAAUCAAUGUCAGGCUUUCUUCUGAGAAGGGCAUGGGGUGCAGCUAGAACAGUGUAGGUUCUCUCAUAACCCUUUCUGCUGUUUUCCCAUGAUCCAACUGUGUAAUUUCUGGUCAGUGAUUCCAGGUUUUAAAUAAUUUGUAAGUGUUCAGUUUCUCCACAACUUUAUCAUCCGCUAAGAAUUUAAAAAUCACAUUCUCUGUUCAGCUGUUAAUUCUGGGAUCCAUAUUUAGUUUUAUAAGCUUUUCCCUGUUUUUAGUUUUGUUUUGGGUUUUUGGCUCAUGAAUUUUAUUUCUGUUUGUCGAUAAGAAAUGUAAGAGUGGAAUGUUAAUAAAUUUCAGUUUAGUUCUGUAAUGUCAAGAAUUUAAGAAUUAAAAAAUGGAUUGGUUAAAAAAAAAAGA